AUGUCUCCUGGAAAUGGCUCUUUAGUGACUCGGUUCAUACUUGCAGGAUUAACAGACCACCCAGAUCUCCAGCUGCCUCUGUUCUUCCUCUUUCUAGCAAUGUGUAUUAUCACCAUGCUGGGAAACUUGACCUUGAUAACUCUACUUGUGCUGAAUUCUCACCUUCACACCCCCAUGUACUUUUUCCUCCUUAACUUGUCCUUCAUAGACCUAUGUUAUUCUUCUGUUUUUAUACCCAAAAUGCUGAUAAACUUCUUAUCAAAGAAGAAUAUUGUCUCCUACCAGGGGUGCAUGGCACAGCUUUUCUUUUUCUGUUUAUUUGUCAUUUCUGAGUGCUAUGUGCUGACAUCAAUGGCCUAUGAUCGCUAUGUGGCCAUCUGUAAUCCACUCUUGUAUAACAUUGCCAUGUCCCCUAAUGUGUGCUCCACCCUUAUCUUUGGUUCAUAUUUGAUGGCAUUUUCUAGUGCCAUGGCCCACACUAGAUGCAUGCUGAGACUGACCUUCUGUGAUGCCAACACCAUCAACCAUUAUUUCUGUGACAUCCUGCCUAUGCUCCAGCUCUCCUGCACCAGUACCUAUGUCAACAAGCUUGUGUUAUUCAUUAUGGGGGGCAUCAACAUCAUCAUGCCCAGUCUCACCAUCUUUAUCUCUUAUGGUUUCAUUCUCUCCAGCAUCCUCCAUGUCAAUUCCACUGAGGGCAGGUCCAAAGCCUUCAGCACCUGCAGUUCCCACAUUAUAGCCAUUUCUCUGUUCUUUGGAUCAGGUUCAUUUGCAAACCUUCAGCCAUCUUCAACUACUACAAAUGAGGGAAAAAUCCCUUCUAUCUUUUACACCAAUGUGGUUCCCAUGAUGAAACCCUUAAUCUACAGCUUGAGGAAUAAAGAUGUAAUACUUGCCAUGAGAAAAACCCUGAGUAGGAGAAUAUUUUGA